AUGACAAAACCAAAAACUUCACGAAUAUGUCUUCCAUUUCCUCCAGUUUCGAGAAAAACUGACUUCUUACUGGGCGGAUUAUUCUCAUCCAUUCAUGUAUUGCUGACUACUAUGGUCUACCAUUAUAUUCCGGAUCCGUAUAUGGAUGAAAUUUUUCACAUCUCUCAAACAAGAUCCUACUGCUCCGGUAACUACACUUGGAAUCCGUUGAUUACAACACCUCCAGCUCUAUAUGUUAUAUCAAUGCCAUUUUGUGGAGGUUAUGAAAGAUAUGUGAAUUCUAUCCUUCUCUUUUUUGCUAUUCCUGCUUUUUGCCGGUUUCGAAGAAUGUUUGUAAGAACAGAUGUGUUUCUAACAGCUUCAAUCGUUGGAUUGCUUCCAAUUCUGAUGACUUCGUCAGUUCUCUUCUAUACCGACCUUCUAUCGUUGACUUCUGUAAUUUUGGGAUUCUCGAUGCAAAAUCCACUGACUUCUGCUGCAUUCUUUCUUGUUUCCAUUCUCACCCGACAGACAAAUAUUGUAUGGGCAGCGAUAUAUGCAUUCUCAGUGCUCGCUUCCCAAACCAAUACCAAUCAAUCGAGAACUGAAAAUAUGAAAAAUAUCGUCUUCUCUGUGUUUUCACUAUGGCCGUUUGCUGGACUCGCUAUCGGAUUUCUUGGAUUCUUAUAUCUCAAUAAUUUUCAAAUCGUUUUGGGAGAUGCAAAGGCUCAUGAACCAAAGUUCCAUGCUGCUCAGUUUUUCUACAUGGUGGCGUUUUGUGCAGCCCAUGCUUGGACUCAAAUUCUACCGAAUCUACCUUCCCAUUUGAGACAUUUGACAGAUUUAAAAGCUCUCGUACUUCAAGCAGCAAUUGCAGGAAUAGUAUACAAAUUCUCCUAUGAUCAUCCGUAUCUUCUAGCCGACAAUCGCCAUUUCACAUUCUACAUUUGGCAGCGAUUCCUGUCAAAUCCUGCGAUUCGAACAUCGAUUGCUCCACUGUAUAUGUUCUCGGCAAGAUUCAUGGCAACUUCUACACGGAACAUUCAUUUUUUUCACAAGUUUUUGUUCGUGUUCGCAACUGCAGCAGUUUUAAUUCCUGCUCAUUUGUUCGAAAUGCGUUACUAUAUUGUGCCGUACGUCAUCUGGAGGCUCUCAGCGACCAACAACCGGAAUAAAAUACUAUUGUUUUUAGAAAUUACAUCCCAGAUAACUAUUCUCUUCAUUGUUCUUUUCUUGUUCUUGUUCAAAACUUUUGAGUGGCCAAAUGAGCCUGGAAUUAAACAAAGAUUCAUGUUCUAA